UUUUUGAUUUUUAGUUUUUAAUUCUUGUUACUUCAUAACUUUUGUGUCUGUACAGUUCUUAAUUAGCAAUAGACUGUGUUUGUGCUCAUAUUAUAUUGAUUUGACGAAAUCGAUGACAACGUGAUCAUUUAGAACGAAUGGAUUUAUGAUUGUUUCUGCCACUUUCGACGUUGAGGUAUUCAAACCUCGUGUGCAAAAUUACUAAUUAUGGUUUUUGUUUUUAACAACGAUCACUAGUGCUACGUUGUUAGUGCCGUACCGGAAUAUUGGAUUACGCGUGUGGUUCAAGUCAUAAUAUUUUUAUUUGGUUCAGUUGAAUUGUUUUUGUGUAUCUUUGGUCCAUGGAGAGACUGUGGUGCUUUUGACGAUUUAUUAAAUAAAUAGCUAAAUAUGACAACGACUUGGGAAAUACGGUGGUUUACCACCUUGUUGGCAUUCAUCAUAUUGACAGGACAUCAGGUGCGUUGUACCGGAGUUUUCGAGUUGCGUUUACGUUCUUUCACGAAUGCGAACGGCGGCGACAGCAGGGGCGCAUGCUGCAGCGGCAGGCAGGACCCGGUGACCUUACGAUGCAUUGGCACAUGUCAGACGCGAUUCCGCGUCUGUCUGAAACACUACCAAGCCGAGAUCGACACCACAUCAAAGUGCACCUUUGGCGAUGUCAUAACGCCGGUGCUCGGAGGCAACGACAUCGACUUGCUUGCAGCCAAUGACGAAGGAUUCGUUAAUCCCAUAAAGUUCGACUUCGACUUUACUUGGCCGGGAUUCUUUUCUUUGAUAAUCGAAGCUUUGCACUACAAUAAUUCCACUUCAACGAAUGAUAAGAUGGGUACCUUGAUCGCACGGUUUCCGCGCCAAAGGCUACUGGACGUGUCCGCGAAUUGGACUCAUGAGGAACAAAGCACAAGCAAUGCAAGUCUUCGGUUCGAAUAUCGAGUGACCUGCGCGCCCCAUUAUUACGGCAACGGCUGCGCGGAGCUUUGCCGGCCGCGAGAUGACAACUUCGGACACUUCACAUGCUCCAGCACCGGACAUCGCGUAUGCUUAAGCGGCUGGCAAGGGGAUUACUGCACGAAACCGAGAUGUCUUCCCGGCUGUAGCGAUAAACAUGGACACUGCACUAAACCCAACGAAUGCAUAUGUCACAGUGGCUGGAAAGGUCGUUUCUGUGACGAGUGUGAAAGAUAUCCAGGCUGCGUUCACGGAACGUGCAGCAAGCAAUGGGACUGCCUCUGUGAUGAAGGCUGGGGUGGUUUGUUCUGUAAUCAAGAUCUGAACUAUUGCACGAACCACAAACCAUGCAGGAAUGGAGGAACUUGCUUCAACACUGGACAAGGCUCUUACACGUGUCGAUGUCGACCCGGAUUUGUAGGUACGGAUUGCGACCGCCAAAUCGAUGACUGCGCUUCGAAGCCGUGCCAAAAUGGAGGACAAUGUCGUGCUUCCCAAAACGGCAGUUACCAAUGUGAAUGCCGCGCUGGAUGGACCGGUGAUUAUUGUCAAAAAGCAAAACGCACGUGCGCAGAUUCGCCUUGCAAACAUGGAUCAACGUGCACGGAUACAUCGGAGGGCUACAAAUGUUCUUGUCCCAUCGGUAGAGAUGGUACCGACUGCGAAUUUGUUUUACCAGUGUCGUGUAAUUGUUUGAACGGUGGCAGUUGCCGGCAGGGCACUCAAGCUUGUGAUUGUUUGCAAGGAUUCACUGGCGAAAGAUGUGAAAUAAACUCUGACGACUGUGUUAGCUCUCCGUGCUUGAACGGCGGUACCUGCCAAGAUUUGGUAGGAGACUUUCGUUGUCAAUGUGUUCCGGGAUUUAUUGGACAUUUGUGUGAAACUCGAGUGGAUUUAUGUCUGACCAAGCCGUGUGCCAACGGUGGUAUUUGCACUAAUAUGGACAAUGAUUAUCGUUGUAUGUGUCGGGCAGGAUUCACGGGACGAGACUGUAGUAUUGACAUCGAUGAAUGCCGGUCGGCUCCGUGCCGGAAUGGCGGCACGUGUGUUAACCGGGUAGACAGCUUUCAAUGCGUGUGUCCAUCUGGUUUCAAAGGAUUACAAUGCGAGAAGUCUCUGGUCGUUGGACUAUCGGCAUUAUCGGACGUAUCGGUAGAAGCCCCGCAGCAGGCGUCUAUAUCAGGAGAUCUGACGUUAUAUCACGGGGUGUUGAUCGCCGCUAUAUCAUGUGUGGUGCCUCUGUUGGCCUUACUAGCAGCGAUUGUAUUGUUUUGCCACAAACGGAAGAGACGUCGGGAUGAGGCGCGGGCUGACAUGGAGGCUCGCGAACAAAACGAGCGCAAUCAUGAUCAUGCACUUAUGGAUGCUCAUUGUGUUAUUCGCAACACAUGGAGUGGCAAAUUCAUAAACACUUCUGCUGCAAACACGUCUAAUGUUAGUACGAUAAGCAGCAUAAGUGGGAAUUCUAAUAUACUUUCUGAUGGUUGUAUGAUUAAUAGUGUUCAAAAACAACUUAAUACUGACACAGCUCAUAUAAGUCAACUUAAAGACACUCGAUGGUCAUUUCCGGCGGCAUCGCCUCUAUGUGUUUAGUUUGUUUUAAUAGAUACUAUUGUAUGUAAAACUUUAGCUUGUAGGGUAGUUUGUACAGUUUAUUUAUUUACCCUGACAAGUGAUGCAUUUCCCUGUAAUUUAUUUGCAUGUUUGCCCUUUCCUUCUCCUGUUAUGCUCCAUAAGAACCAUGACAAUUUGAAUGGAUGUAUGAGUCUUUUAUAUAAUGGCACAUUGAGAAUGUGAGAGUAUAUAAUAAGUAAUGUUUAAUUUGUGAUUAAAACGAAACUAAGUCAAAAUCUCAAUGAUGUUGAUACGUGCCCAUGACGUUUUCAAUUUAUAAUUUAAUAUUAGAUAGUGUUAAUUGUAAAUCUUACUGAACCAAUCAAGAUACUUAUUUUUUGACUAAUGACUGAU